AUGGGAUCAGACGGACAGAUAGCGACCAAGGCUUUUGUAGUCCGGUCACCUGGCUCCCCAUUCCUGCUCGAGGAUGUGAUUCUGGACGAAGUACGAGCGAACGAAGUACUUGUGGAGAUCAAGUACACUGGACUAUGCCACACGGAUAUCGUUGUCCAGUCCGGAGGUAUACCAGUCGGUGACUUUCCUGCAGUCCUGGGUCACGAGGGCAUGGGCAUCGUUCGUCGCUUGGGCAGCCGUGUCAACACAAAUUCCCUAAAUGAGGGCGACGAGGUUCUCCUCAGCUUUUCCACAUGUUGCGAGUGUGGACCUUGCAAGUCAGGAAGCCUAGGGUCCUGCAUUCGAUUUACUGAGAUCAACAUAGCCGGUGCCCGCGGACCGUCUAUUUCAGACUCUCCCAUCUCGUUUCCCAAUGGAGAUCCUAUUCGCGGACAAUUCUUCGGACAGUCUUGCAUGGCUAAGUUAGCUAUUGUGCCAGAGACCUCAAUUGUGAAGCUCAACCGCGGUUCUGCGCUCUCGGAAUCAGAUAUAGCCUCACUAGCGCCUCUCGGGUGCGGAUACCUCACUGGCGCAGGGACAGUCAUGAACGUGCUGAAGCCCAUCCCCACAAGUCGCUUCGUGAUCUUAGGAAUGGGGGCAGUCGGAUUAUCUGCCCUCAUGGCUGCCAAAGCUAUCGGCGUUGAGAGCAUUCUGGCGGUUGACCUUUUCGAUUCAAAGCUUGAGCUGGCGAAAUCACUCGGUGCGUCUUGCACACUGAACACAAAAGAUCUGCCAGAUCUGGUCCAAGGCAUUUGCAGUCUUUUUCCAGAGGGAGUUGACCAUAUCCUUGACACGACCGGAGUUGGUACAGUCUUGGAAUCCGCCAUAAGAGCGCUCGGUCAUGGUGGCAUACUGGCAAUCGUUGGGGCGCCACCAGUCACAGCGUCGGUGAAUAUUUCGCCUCUGGAUCUUCUGAUGAAUUGCAAACGUGUAGUAGGCGCUGUUGAAGGCGCCGCUGACCCAGCUGUGCUGCUGCCUCUAUUAGUGGAUUGGUACGAAGAAGGAAAGUUUCCAGUGAACAGACUAGCUAAAGUCUAUCCGGCAGAUCAGCUGCAUGUGGCCUUGGAGGAUUUGCACGCUGGCAAGGUCAUCAAGCCUGUGCUUGAUUGGUCCAGCGUUUGA